CCCAGAAAGCCCCUUCCCACAAGGGGCCCAAGCCUUGGGUGUGCCACCACAAGGAUGUGAGACCUCCACUUUUCUCUUUUUCAGGGCACGGUAACUGGCCCCCGCCCUUCCUUCUCCUGCCCCCCCCAACCUUGUCUGUCCCCAAGCCAGGUGGCUGAGGUUUCAAGGGCCCAGCCCCUUCCCUCCGGAGAGCACACGAAUGCGGGGAGAGAAGGCGCCCUUGGAUUUGGAUUUUAAAGGAGAAUACCGCAGACCUGCAAGGACUGAGCUGAACAGAUACAUCAGGCUACGGAGACGAAAGUGCCAAGGCCAGAGAAGCGCCGCGGGCCACCCACCCAUACCCGCCACUGGCAGCCACGGCUGCCAGCCCCAGGGGCGCUGCAAGGGCCAAACGCAGGCAGACCCCCACAUCUCGUGGGGUCCGGCGCUACAGAUCCCCGACGGAGACCGGGACUCCGGGUGCGUGGAUGAGUGUUUUGGGGCUGCGAGGUCUCCGGCGCAAGGUCUACAGCCCCUUCUCGGACCCGCGCUGCCCCGCCCCGCUUCCUCCAGCUCCGCGGCGCGGGGUGUCUGUAAUGUCCUGUCUCAUCUUCACUCCCAUAAAAGGAGAUGCCAUCAGUCAUGCCCACCUCCUGCUGGGACUGCAGCAGCCAGGCCAACCUGCUCUCUGGAAGAUGGGAGACCUCCCCAAUCUUCCUCAGCUGGAUCCUGGGCACCCCUGGCACUGCUGGGCUGCUCCUGCUGGACAGCAGCCCAAUCAGCUGUCAAACACUCCCUAGCAGAGGACCCUGACAAGUUCAAACAUCUCUAGCCAAUCUACCAGAAGGCUGUGAGCACCCCGGCAAAGAGGGAAUUAUCAAGUAACCCAAUUGCCCUGUGUAGAGGAGCUGUCCUUUACCUGAACGAUUAUUGGCCGCCAGGCCUGGAUGCCUGGAUCAUGUUGCUGCAAGGCUUCCCCCCCACCCCUAGUCUGAGUCUUAGCUUCCUCAUGUGUGUUGGUGAAGAUCUGUAGCAGGGGCUGGACUGGGUGCUCUCCCAGGGCCUUCCUUCCCUAACAACAUUCUCUAGUUCAUUUUUCACCUUUCGACGCCUUCUGAUGCAGAAACGGUUAGAGAAAAUGCUCAGAGCCAUGGCUGGAAUCAGGCUAUUGUUCCAGCAAGAAGUCAGGCAAUGCUGGGCUGUGGGUGCAGGGCUUCCCAGCAACUCUGAAUCCCAGCCCAAGCUUGCUGGAGCAUUUUGUGUCAGGAAAAAAAAAAGGCUCAUUAGUUGCAGGGUUGCUGGGACAACUCUGGAGAAGCGAGGGAGACAAACAAGGCUGAGUAUUCCCCCAAAGCUUCAGACCUCCUGGGGCAAAGAAAGGAAGAAACAUUUCCAAAGAAAGAGAGGGGAAGGGUGGGGAACACUGGGUCCCAUCUGUUCUGGGGAAAUGGCAGCUUAGAGCCAGAGGAGAGGGUGGGAGAGUUCCUGAGGAAACUCUCACUAGUUUGCCAGACUCACUGAGCACCAGGUGUUCCCAAGGGAGGGUCAUCGGGCAUGAAGACUGUAUGCCCUAAAUCAGGGGUAGGGAACCUGUGGCCUUGAGGCCACAUGUGGCCCUCUAGGUCUUCAGGUGCAGCCCCCUUUGACUGCGUCCAAGUUUUACAGAACAAAUGCUUUUAUUAAGGGGAUUUGCUCUGGGAAGUUUGGACUCAAAGGGCCACACCCGAGGACCUAGAAGGGCACAUGUGGCCUGGAGGCUGCAGGUUCCCCACCUUUGCUCUAAAUGUCUGGGGCUCUACCAAACAUCAAUUUGGGGAAAGAAGGCUCAAUCUGGAGGCCCAGAACCUGGAUUAGAAGUCUGCUCUAUUGCUUGGCUACAAUGACUUAGCAAGUAUGGUCCCCUCUCUGGGACUGAGGGUUGUCCUCUGAAAGAAAAUAAAUUGAAUGUGGUAGCUGCAUGUUAUGACAACCCCACAUCUCAUGUGCUUAAUUCAGUCCAAUUCAGCAAAUGUUUAUUAAGUGUUUACCACGGGCCAGGCUCAAUGCCAGGCUCAGAGGGGAUGCAGAAACCAAAAAAUGAGACUUGCCCCCCUGCCCUGCAGAAGCUUGCAGGGGAAAAGAAAGAAAACAGUACAGGCACCUAGAUAAGGAGAUACAAAUACAUAGAAAGCAAACACAGACUAUUUACCAACCAAAUGCAAAAUGCAAAGUAACUUUGGAGGAGAACGGGAAGAGCUGAGAGAGCCUGAGAAAGGCCUGAGUUGCUGUGCUGGGAACUGGGCAGAGUGAGUCUGGAGAAGGAAGUGGGUGUUGUGGGCUUGGCUUGGUUCUGCUUGGUACCUGAGGGAAGGACCCAGAACAGGCCUGGGCUGGGGUGGGGAGGGGCCAAGAGUAGCAGGUGGUGGUUUUUUUUUCUUUAUGUCAGGAAAAACUUCCUAAUGAUUGGAACUGCCUAAGAUCAUGGGCCUCCAACUGCAGCCCAGGGAUGGAGAUGAGGCCCUGGGAAUUGUGAUUUGCACCAGAGACAGAAUUGGAACCCAGGCCCUCAGACCCCAGCCACCACAUCACACUGGCACUUGUAAGCAAGGGGACAAGCCCUCAGGAUACACAAGUUGAGCUUUUCAUUCCCUCUUCCCUGGAAUAAAGGGUGUGGCCAGGUGAAUCAACCUGGAUAAUCUCAGAGGUUAUAAGGAGGAAUUCUUUGUUUGGGAUUUAUCUGAGGUCAGGGGUUAAC